GGGCCCAGAGAGGCGCACGGUUCCACAGUCAGGACCACUUUGGAGCCUCUGCAACAAGAAGACAGGACGGCGAGCGGGACCCUCCGCCUUUUCACGUCCACGCAGCGCACACAAGUUGGGGGUGGGAAGCGAUGACACGCCAGUAGCGAGGUGCACUUUUUUCCCCCUCAGUUUUUAAAAGCAGGCGGAUCCCAGUGCUGCGCGUUCAAGAUGGGCAAAGACUCCAGGCUGGCGGCGAUCGCGCUGCUCGUCACCCUGUGCGUGGCCGUGCAGCAGACCGACUCUGCGGCAUGCCAAGGAUGUGUAGGAUCCAAAUGUGACUGCAGCGGAGUCAAAGGAGAUAAGGGUGACCGGGGUUUCCCAGGACUCACCGGCCAACCAGGAGUUCCCGGGUUCCCGGGACCUGAAGGGCCGAUCGGAGGCCGUGGAGAGAAGGGGAGUGAUGGUCCUAUGGGGCUACAUGGCCCAAAAGGAAUACGAGGACCUUCUGGAUUACCUGGAUUCCCAGGAACACCAGGACUUCCUGGUCUCCCGGGGCAGGACGGACCUCCAGGCCCAAGAGGAACACCAGGUUGCAACGGGACAAAAGGAGAAACAGGCUACCCAGGAACAUCAGGAAUCCCAGGAGUUCAAGGAAGGACGGGUCCACCUGGUCUUCCUGGACCCAAGGGCGAUCCAGGUGACGUAAUCUCCACUAAUCGUUUCGGGGAGAAAGGAGCUGUGGGGCUCCCCGGACUGCCAGGAGUUCCCGGUUCUCCAGGACCUUCUGGGUACCAAGGUCCGCUGGGCCCUCCAGGACCGAGAGGCACUGAGGGUCGACCCGGUCCUCCUGGUCCUCCAGGACCUAAGGGAAACAUGGGACUGAACUUCCAGGGACCCAAAGGAGGGAAGGGUGAUCCUGGUUUACCGGGACCUGCUGGCCCUCCCGGACAAGUCGGGGAACAGAAGAGGCCGACUGAGACAGAGAUCCAGAGAGGAGACAAGGGUGACCCUGGAAUUCCUGGCGCCCCAGGAGAUCCAGGCUAUCCAGGACCUCCUGGCACCCCUGGUGGCCAGAAUGGAGAAAAGGGAGAACCAGGAGAGGCAGGCAAACGUGGCAAACCAGGCAAAGAUGGUGACCCCGGCCCACCAGGCUUCAUUGGACUCAAAGGAGAUUCGAGCCUGCCAGGUCCUCCAGGCAGGGAUGGGGAGAGAGGUAUAAAAGGAGAACGUGGAUACCCAGGUCAACCAGGAUUGGUGAUUGGCGGACAGACAGCAGGACAGGUUGGUCCAAAAGGGGAGCCAGGAUUCCCUGGAUCAUCUGGCUUAAAAGGAGACAGAGGACCGCAAGGUUUGACAGGACCUCAGGGGCCACCAGGAAUUUCUAGUGGUGGUGGUGGUGGUGGACCUGGAUCUCCAGGAUUCCCAGGAGAGAGAGGCCAAAAGGGAGAUAUCGGCAAUCCAGGCCUCUCAGUUCCAGGAUCUCCGGGCCGUCCAGGAAGCCCCGGGCUGCCAGGAUCAACAGGACCGCCUGGACCUCCCGGCUUUUCCAGUGGCGGAUCAAACUGUGCUCCUGGUGAGCCUGGGCGUCCUGGCCUGAAUGGAGAGAGGGGUUUCCCAGGAGAAACAGGCCAGAAAGGUGAUAAAGGUGACACCUGUGUCAACUGCUUUAGUGGCACGACUGGCAUCCCUGGACCUCCAGGACCUGCAGGACAGCCUGGAUUCCCAGGAAAUCCUGGUAAUCCCGGUAUAAAAGGAGAACGAGGAUUCUCUGGAUCACCUGGAGGGAAUGGACAACCUGGUUCGCCCGGUUCUCCAGGUCCUCCAGGAUUCCCAGGUGAAAAGGGAGAUCCAGGCGACAGCAUAUCUCUUCCUGGUGGAAGGGGUGAGAAGGGUGACACUGGAUUCCCUGGAGCGCCUGGUCUUCCAGGAUUAGAUGGUCGGCCCGGUCAGGAUGGGCAGCCUGGUCGUCCGGGGUCCAAAGGAGCCCCAGGAUCUUUACAGGUGAAAGGAGAGCGAGGGUCCCCUGGUGAACCAGGUGGUCCUGGAAUUCCAGGAGACCGGGGUACCCCCGGACCACCUGGUUUUGGACCCCAGGGACCUUCUGGAGAAAAAGGUAUCCAGGGUGUCUCAGGAAGGCCUGGAGGUCCUGGUGCUCCCGGUGCCAAAGGUGAGCCAGGCUUGACGGUGGCAGAAAGGGGCCUGCCAGGUGCACAAGGUCGGGAUGGUGAACCAGGACUUUCUGGUGCACCAGGGAACUCUGGUCAGCCUGGCCAGCCUGGUUUGCCUGGAUUACCAGGUACAAAGGGUGAACCUGGACUACCUGGUAUUGGACUCCCAGGUAACCCCGGUUCUAAAGGAUUUCCUGGUACUCCUGGGCAACCAGGAUCUUCGGGAGGAGCUGGCCGACCAGGAUUAGAUGGCCUCCCUGGCCAACCCGGAUUUCCUGGGGCAAAAGGCGAACCUGGCUUUGGACUCCCAGGUCCCGCAGGUAUACCAGGUGUACCUGGAGCAAAAGGUGUACCAGGACCCAAGGGAGAUUCUGGUUUCCCCGGUGGCCCUGGCUCACCAGGCCGAUCUGGAUUUGAUGGUGGACCAGGAUCUAAAGGUGAACCUGGAACACCUGGGCUCCCCGGUGCUCGUGGCCUACCAGGGAACCCCACGAUUGGCUCACUUGGUCCCCCAGGAUCUCCUGGGAAUCCAGGCCCAAUGGGUCCCCCUGGAUUCUCUGGAGCCAAUGGAGCAAAGGGAGACCCUGGAGCCCCAGGUCUAGAUAGUCCAGGUGCACCAGGAGACAGAGGAAGUCCUGGUUUCCCCGGUUCUCCAGGACCAAUUGGAACCCCUGGGCCGCCUGGAGGGCCAGGACGGGAUGGCCUUCCUGGAUUGCCAGGUUCAAAAGGAGAUAUUGGUGUCGUGGGACCUCCCGGACCACCUGGAGGACCUGGUGCCUCUGGGGUACCCGGUGGUCCUGGACUGAAAGGGGAGCCUGGAUUCCCUGGUAGAGAUGGUGGACCUGGAUCUUCUGGACUUAAGGGAGAGAGGGGUGAUAUCGGUCCUCCUGGAUACAGCUUACCACCUUCUGACAUAAAAGGCAACAGAGGAGAACCAGGAGCACCGGGUGCACCAGGUUUUCCAGGUGAGAAGGGCAUCCCUGGUAUCCCUGGUGACCCAGGACUUCCAGGAUCAGAUGGGCGGCCUGGCUUUCCCGGACCAUCAGGACCAAAGGGAGAUCCUGGUAUCCCGGGGGGGCCUGGUGGUCCCGGAGGUCCAGGACAAAAAGGCAGCAUGGGCGAAAUGGGAUUUCCAGGACCAUCAGGGCAGAAGGGUUUACCAGGCCAGCCAGGUCGCUCUGGUUCUCCAGGCCAGCCUGGAGCACCAGGUUUUGGGGGAGCCAAAGGUGAACCAGGUUCUGCUGGAGUUGGACCGCCAGGACCAUCCGGAUUCAAGGGUGAACCAGGACAGCCCGGGUUUCCAGCAAGCCCAGGGCAAAAAGGAACUCCAGGAUUACCAGGUCUACCAGGAUUACCUGGAGGACCAGGUGAAAAGGGGGACCCUGGUCUCCCAGGAUUCCAAGGUUCUCCUGGUAUUCCUGGUCCAAAGGGUCUUGAUGGUGGGCCUGGUGGCCCUGGCUUGACUGGAGCUCCUGGUAGACCAGGAGAGCCAGGCCGUUCAGGAUCACCUGGAUUUCCGGGAGAAAAGGGUCAAGCAGGUCGGGAUGGGAUCCCAGGGCCGGCUGGAGUCAAGGGAGACCCAGGACUUCCAGGCUAUGGUGAACCAGGAACAGCAGGACUUCCAGGAUUUCCAGGUGCCAAGGGAGACCCCGGUCUACCAGGUCAACCGGGUGUUCCUGGCUUCCCAGGUCCAAAAGGAGAGGUUGGCUUCCCAGGCCCUGCUGGUUUUGUAGGCUCUAUCGGCCCUCCAGGACCUCCAGGUCUGGGUCUACAAGGACCCAAAGGAUUAAGUGGACCCCCCGGACCACCAGGAAGAGCAGGUGCGCCUGGCCCACAAGGUACUCGUGGGUCCCCAGGAAGUGGCGGCUUGAGGGGAGAGAAAGGUAUUCCUGGUGCAUCUGGUCAGCCAGGCUUCCCCGGACAAAAAGGAGACCCUGGCAAUCCAGGAUUCUCAGGUCCAGGUGGCUCUCCUGGCAUUCCUGGCACUAAGGGGGACAUUGGUCUGCCUGGCGUUCCCGGAUUCCCUGGAUCUAAAGGAGACUCAGGAAUUCCAGGUUCCCCCGGCCUUCCUGGUGAUCCUGGAGAUUUUGGACCUCCAGGCCCUGCUGGUGAACCUGGUGUUCCUCCGCCUCCCGACUUCAUAAAGGGGCUGCCUGGACCCCCUGGUAAUUUGGGCACGCCUGGUGCUCGGGGCCAGCCUGGUUCCCCUGGACGAGAUGGGCUUCCAGGUUCCCCAGGUGAACCCGGGGACCCCGGUCCAGAGGGUUCCCCUGGCUUCGGUGGUCCUGCUGGAAGGAAGGGAGACAACGGGCCUGCUGGUCAGCCUGGUCAGCGAGGCUACCCUGGUCCUCCUGGGUCUGAUGGUCCACAGGGUCCUCCUGGUCUAACAGGAUCAGGGUCGGCAGCCCACGGCUUUCUCAUCACCCGACACAGCCAGAUCCAGGAAGUACCGAGCUGUCCCAUCGGAACCAACCUGAUAUAUGACGGCUACUCUCUGCUGUACGUGCAGGGCAACGAGCGGGCGCACGGGCAGGACCUCGGCACGGCGGGCAGCUGUCUGCGUCGCUUCAGCACCAUGCCCUUCAUGUUCUGCAACAUCAACAACGUGUGCAACUUCGCCUCCCGCAACGACUACUCCUACUGGCUAUCCACGCCUGAGCCCAUGCCUAUGUCCAUGUCACCCAUCACUGGAGAGAGCAUCAAGCCUUUUAUCAGCCGGUGCUCUGUGUGUGAAGCUCCAGCCAUGGUGAUCGCAGUCCAUAGUCAAACCAUCCAAAUUCCCAACUGCCCUGCCAAUUGGGAGGCUCUGUGGAUAGGCUACUCCUUCAUGAUGCACACCAGUGCCGGCGCUGAGGGCUCCGGACAGGCUCUGGCCUCCCCCGGCUCCUGUCUGGAGGAGUUCCGCAGCGCUCCCUUCAUCGAGUGCCACGGCAGGGGGACAUGUAACUAUUAUGGCAACUCCUACAGUUUCUGGCUCGCCACCGUGGACGAAAACGAUAUGUUCAGCAAGCCCCAGUCGGAGACGUUGAAGGCCGGCAACCUGCGGACGCGCGUCAGCCGCUGCGUGGUCUGCAUGAAGAGGACGUAACGGCACACAGCAACUCACGGGCAAGCCACCUGCACCUGGGCGGAGACUAACCAGCGGAGACAGCCGAUUGGACGAUAGGUCGGGGUUGAGGGGGGGAGAAGGGAGGGGAGCCAGGGGGUUUUAAGGUGACAGUAUAGCAGACGAGGUGGAAUUCCAAUGGUACUACAAACAAUGGUGCUACUGUGCAACACAGCUUAUAAACGUUAAAAAAGUGACAUAAAUACGCCUUUUUUUUUUUGCUUUGUUUUUUGUUUUUUUUCCUAAGAAGUACCUCAAAUCGAGAGCAGAAAAAAAUGGUGCCAUGAUGAAUGUGUGACAGCAAACAUGUUUCAUACUUCUUUUAGAUACGCAACGUAAAUGCGCUGAUCCUUUCCUACACACUUUUCUUUUCGUCUUUUUUUUUUUAUCAACAAGGAGGGGUGGAGGAUGCUCUCCAUGGUAACCAAAUCGGCACUUUUGACUUCGGGACAUCCAAGAUGAGAGAUGCACUGAUGGCCUUUUGUUUUAUCUUGACCACUUUUGAAUUGUACCUCCCUUCUUUCCCGCGUUUUUCUAUUCCCGUCGUGAUAUGUGGUGGUACUAACCAGGCUGAAACUCGCCACACUAACUCUGCAUUCUUUCUUUUGUAAGUAAUGAAAUGUGUAUAUUGUGUAAAACACCUUUUAUUUUUAGCGUAUUUGGGCCUGACUCGAAAACGAGCGUUUGGCAGGUUUAGUUGGCUUCCACUCACUUGCAUACAAACACACUUCUUGUACAAAGUAAGGCUUUUAUGAAUAAAAACAGUAUUUUAUAUAUAAUGAAUAAAUAUAUAUAUAUAAAUAUAUAUAUUUCUAUUAAAAAAAAGAGGAUAUAAAGGCAUUUGGCAGUGGGUUUUUACGGUCAUGCAUUUCACCAAAAACUACUGAGCACAGUUGAAAGCCAUUCUUCCUGAAGCAAAGUGUGUAUGACAUGAAAUCACUUAAAGCUUUUUGUAUUCCAUUUGUAGAAUUCUUAAUAAAUGUUGAGCUGAAUUUAAGAUUCUCUGAUGAUUGGGAGGGGAACGUUUCACAUGUUUGUGCAAGCGAGGAUUUCAAUUAAAAGCUUGGCUCAUUG